ACUUUAUUGUCAAAUUUAUUAAAAUAAAAGUUAAAAAAUAAUUUAUUAACAAAUAAAAGUAAAAAAAAAAAAAAAUAACUGCUGAUUUCUACAGAAAUAUGGCUGACGGCGAUUAUUCUGCAAAUGCACUUUACGAUCUCAUAAGAAAAGAGCUGAACUCGAUUAUCAAAGAAAAUGGCGCUGAGUCAAAAAUAUCAGAGACAGCAAGCUGUACAAAUUUGGUCAACGAUAAACACGCGAAUAAACAGCCGCCGCAGUCAACAGAGAAUCCCAGUGAAUUAAAUGCUUCUUCAGAGAGUGGUGAACUCAACGAGAUACCUAAUUCUAAAGAAAACGUUUCGACACUACUCUCAACCAAAAUGCUGCAUCUACGUGGAGAUGAAACUCAGAGUGCAGCUAUUGACACUGAUCUUCAGAAAAUGCGCCGCGAUCUUCAACAAAGUUACGAACUGUUUCAGAAAAUGGGCGAAAGAUUCCAAAGCAUAAAUUUUAGUUCACUCAAAAGUCGCAUCAAAGAUCUGAACCUUGGUAAAAAGGAUCAAACUUCCAAAUUAGAAUCGGAAAUUAAGAAUAUCUUGCAAAAACACGUGAAGGACAACACUAUGGACAGGUUGACUGCCGAAAUGGGUGUCAAAUUUCAACAGCAUCCUGGCGAGUUCGGUAACAUACCAGAGCUGAGUGAAUUCUUUCAAACUUGCACCCAACUACAGCAUGGUCUUGAGCAGUUAAAAAGACAACGUAAUUCCGUUGAAGAGAUGACAAAACGUCUCUCCAGCUCUGCUGAAGCCUCAUUUGGACGCAUCGAUGAAAUUCAUAACAUACUGCAUUCAAAACAAGCCAUCCAUAAACCAAAGCUUGAAGAGCAUACUCAAAAUUCCUAAUUUAUAAUCCUUGUUUUUACAUGUAAUAUAUUAUAUUUCAAAUGUUUUUGAUCAUAAAUGUUCGGUUUUUAUGCAUAAAUAAUUUUACCCUUGCAUAAUAUUA